CAAAAGGUAGCGAGGAAUGAUGUCUGCUGGUAAAUAGAAUAUACCAAAGAUGCGGCGGUUAUUACGAAAUAGAAUGAUAUUCAUGGCAUAUUUUGUAGUUUCCUCAGGAAGUAUACUAUGGUUGGCAUCAACAUGCGGACCUGGAUGCAUGUCAGAAGAUAUUGGAGAAGACUCUAUGUUAGAUUAUUACAAACAUGAGCUUGAAAGAACUAGAGCUUAUAUGAGGCAAACUGAAACUAAAUUAAGAACAAUCACUCAAACCUUGAACAAGCAAUAUGCCAAAGCUGCCAGUACUGUUAAUGAGAUUCUAGGAAUUGAGAGCCCUCGGGUACCGACCAUCUUUGCCGUCACACCAACGUACACCAGACCAGUGCAGAAGGCUGAACUAGUGCGGUUGAGCCAGACCUUCCUCCAUAUUAGAAAUUUUCAUUGGAUAGUUGUGGAGGAUUCUGAGAGAAAGACCCAGCUCGUAUCUAAGUUCUUGGAAAACUCUGGCCUAGUGUACACCCACCUGAAUGUAAAAACAACAGAUGAGUACAAGUUAAAGGAGAAUGAGGCUUCUUGGAGGAAACCUAGGGGAGUUGAUCAAAGGAACCUUGCAAUUGACUGGAUUCUAGAGAAUGUUCCUGAAGAUAAAGAAGGGGUAGUCUACUUCGCAGAUGAUGACAACACAUACAGCUUGCAGAUUUUUGAAGAGAUGAGAACAACUCAGAGAGUCAGUGUGUGGCCUGUGGGACUUGUUGGUGCACUUCGCUUUGAGCGACCUAUUUUAAACGACGCAGGAAAGGUUACCUCUUGGUACACCAUGUGGGCACCUGACAGACCAUUCGGAAUGGACAUGGCUGGAUUUGCAGUGAGUCUCAAGCUCUUUAGGCAGCAACCACAUGCGAGGUUUGACAUCACCUCAAUGAGGGGCUAUGUGGAGUCUAGUCUUCUUGUACAGCUGGGAGUCAGAAAGGAAGACUUGGAACCUCUGGCAGAAAUGUGUACAAAGGUACUGGUCUGGCACACAAGAACUGAAAAACCCAAGUGGAAACAAGAGGACAAAUUGAUUGCACUCGGUAAACCAUCAGAUCCCAGAAUAGAAGUAUAAUCAUGAGGACAAGUCAUUCAUAAGAUAACUCCUCAAGCACAGGGAUAAGGAAAAUUAAACUAAUGUGCAAUUUUUUUACAGGAUAUUUUGUCUUUUAUAAACCUAUCAUGUUACUAUAGUAUAGACCACAUGCCUUAAAAGAGUCAAUGUUAAAGGACUCAAAUUAAAAGAAACAAACAUUGCGUGUCAACACAUAGAGCGAUAGUGGCAUAUGAAAGGUUAAACACAACCCCUAUUCAUCUCAUCUCUUCCAUGGAUUGAAUAACUGACAUCUAUCCUUUGCCACAUACCUCCAACAAAUAUUCCUUGUACAUGUAGUGAUGAUAUAGUGGAUCCAAAGUAAGGAGGGGGGGAUAGUUACAUCUUCUCCUAUCCCCCUCCUGUACUGUAUGCUCAGGGUGAGGGGCUUGUUUGAUCCACUUUGCAUGGGAAUAUUCACAGGUUGUGACCCUCCAUCCCUUUGAUAUAAGAAGGUUCAUUUCAUGAAGCCAAUUGUAAGAUAGUCAUGACUUUUCAAACAACUGAAACAUGUUUGGGUGCUGGAUCAAAUUUUCAAUCAUUUAGAUUCCCAAAAGCUAAAUAUGAAAUCCAACCUCUCUACAUUAAAAUAUCCUGUCAUUAACUCGUUAGCAUGUGAAUUCAAUGUUUAUUAUUUUGUCAAAGUUUGAUUUGGAAUAUAGAUUCUAACUUUGUUGGAAAAGCAUAGAAAAUUUAUGUAUCUAAUUUAGAAAAAAAAAUUGAAGAAGAAAAGGGGAAAAGAUAGUAUAAACAAGAUAGGUCUGAGUUGUUUGCUACAUACCUGUCUUCCAAUUGAAACACAAAAAAUGACUGAUUAAAUGUAUUUGGAAUAGUGAUAACUAAUGUGAUAUAUGGCAUUAUAUCUUUUAUGUGGUGAGCACAUACAAACAUGUGCAUUUCACUGUGUAGCUGCUCUAAAGUGAUAUCACCAAGGGAGGAACUGGUGAGCUACGUGGAAGUAGGAUUUUGACCUAUCAAUCAGGUUUUGAGCUUAUAUUUUGACUUUUAUUUACUAUGCAAACAUAUUUUCUUUUGUAUUAGUCAUGCAUCAUGCACUGCACUCAGUCAAGUUUACAAUUGGAUAAAUGGCAUAUGACAAGGCUACAUAUCUUAUUGUGGUAUGAAAUCAAUGCAUUGUCUGUAACCCUUAUGAGCAUGAAAUAUUUGUAUAUUUAUUUUUGUAUAACCAGUACUUCACUUAUCUUAUAUCUUUUGUUUUCUAUUUUUUUAUAAUUGAUUGCCCAUUAUAAAAAAAAGAAAACAAAAUAUGUGAGCAUGCCCAUUAGCAGUUCAUCAAAUAAUGAGUAAGUGCUAAACUUAAAUGGUCUUGAAGACAAUGAGAGGACUUAAAGUUUUGUAUAAAUUUAGGUCUUCUUCCAAGGUAUGAAUUUUAUGUAUUAUCAUCAUAUGUUGAUAUUAAACAAUUUUUUUUAAUUUGGGGGAAAAAACAAAAUUUAAAAGUCUCCUUGAUUUGUUGUCAUAAUAUGGAACUCGAUUUAUUGAUCCUAAUGAUUGUUCGGAUAAAUUUGAUAGAUCAUUGAAGUUUGUUUCAUUUAUUUCAAUUCUAGAAGCAUGUUUUUGAAUUAGUGAACCUAGCAUUAAUUAGUAGGUAUAAGAAAAUAUUUGUUCAAUCUUGCCAAUUUCCUAGUCUCCAAAUGGUAUUGAGAUAAAUUAAAUAUGAUGGCACUGUUCUCAAUUUAAUGCUUCAAGACAUAUAUAGAUCCCCUACUCUACCAAUUGGGAAGUGAUUGAUAAUAUUUGUGUGCAUUGGCGCCCUCUGUUGAACAGAGUUAUAGCAUGUCUUUGCUAGUGCCUGGUUGCCUGUAACAUUCUAAAGUUAUGUUUUUUUUAAAGUCUUCUUCUUAUGUUGGUUUGAGUUGCGAUUAGUCAUAUUUGACUACUGUUGCCAUUGACUCUAUAAAAUCUCACUUCUCACUUAAUGAUAUUACCAUUGUGGUGUAUGCAUAUAUGAAAUAUUUUUCUUGUGCAUCCUUCUCUUGUCAAAAUGGCAUAUAAAAGAUCUUCACCAAAAGGAUUUUAAAAAUGAAAGUAAGUUUAAGGUAUCCUAAAAAUUUCUGCAUUGACAUGUGAACCAUCAGUCAGCAAGACUGUCGUUCUGCAAUAUUAUGAAACCUAAUCUAUUUCAGGGAUCAUCACUACAUGCUUACCCGGUAUUGACAGUUGUACAUGUAUACUUAUGGUGCUAAAAUCAGUCAGAAACAAGAUGAAAAUUUGAUUUGUAAAGAAGAAAAAUAUUCACUGAUUAAUUUUUUUUCAGUCUAAUAUUAAAAGACAUUUUGGAUUGUAGUUUUGGGCCAAGCAAUAUAGAGAGUGGCCUUUAUCAUAAUGAUUAUGAUAACUUGAAACAAAAUCAAUGGAUUUACAUUUGUCAUUGAAUUAAAUAAAUUAGAAAAGUUAUCUCACUUUAAUUAUUUGAUGAACUAUUGUCAUAUGGCUAUUACAUAUUUUAUUCCUGUAAUUCUCUUCAUCACUACAUGCAGUGCUGGCUGAAAUGAAAUCUUAUGUUUCCAGUAUUACUGUGUUAGAAUGCCGAAAUUGUAACUCAGCUCAUCAAUGUCUUUAAAAGUGCUUUAGAAAUGUAACUAUUAAUAUUAUUAUUGUUAUUAACUUGCCAAUUUUUUACAUUCCACAAAACUCAAUGUAUGUGCAAAUUUGCAGACUUCCCUCCCCCCAUCUUUCCAUUCAUAAAAUAUUACUGUUGUCAUUUUUCUCCCCUCCUCUUUAUUUGAAAGCUAUUACUGAUGUUGUUGUUGUUGUUGAUUGAUUAUUAUCUUAUUCUACCUCCUCUUCUUUUUUUUGGGGGGGGGUCUUCUCAUUUGCCAUCCUAGUUCUUCUCCCUCCCAUGUUUCAUUCUUUUAAUUAUGAACUGGUAGAAUGCGUAAGACACUUUUGCCUCAUGAACAGAUCACCCAUUUUUUAUGUUGUACUGUGAAUGGGUUAAAUUUACCACAAAAAUGUUACUCUUAAGUAGAGUGCGAUAUUCAUGCCAUGCAUGUGAUGUGUAAUAUAUGAUUGCAGUUACAUUAUACACUCGAAAAUACUGGGUGAGACGGCUAAAAGUAUACUGCAAUUCAUGUCCAACCAAGUUUUUUUAUUUUCUAUCCACAACUUAUUUAAGUAUAAUCCCUUCUUCAAUUUCCCGUUUAUGUGCUUCAAAUAUAGUUUAGCUUCUGAUUGCACAUUUGUAGUUAUGACAACUCACGAGGAGAGUUUUACCUGAAACUUUUGGACAAGAUUUUAUCGGACAAAUGUUUAUAUAUAUAUCAUAUGUUUUAACAUGUUAUUAGAAUGCAUGUCUGGUAGAUAA